UCCCUGCCUCCACCUCUUCUGCCACAAAUGUCAGCAUGGUGGUAUCUGCCGGCCCUUGGUCCGGUGAGAAGGCAGAGAUGAACAUUCUAGAAAUCAACGAGAAAUUGCGCCCCCAGCUGGCAGAGAACAAACAGCAGUUCAGAAACCUCAAAGAGAAAUUUAUUGUAACUCAAGUGGCCUGCUUCCUGGCCAACCGGCAGAAGAAAUACAAGUAUGAAGAGUGCAAAGAGCUCCUAAAAUCUAUGCUGAGGAAUGAGCUACAGUUCAAGAAGGAGAAGCUCGCAGAGCAGCUCAAGCAAGCUGAGGAGCUCAGGCAAUAUAAAGUCCUGGUUCACUCUCAGGAACGAGAGCUGACCCAGUUAAGGGAGAAGUUACGGGAAGGGAGAGAUGCCUCCCGCUCAUUGAAUCAGCAUCUCCAGGCCCUCCUCACUCCGGUUGAGUCGGACAAGUCCCAGGGGCAGGACCUCCAAGAACAGCUGGCUGAGGGGUGUAGACUGGCACAGCACCUUGUCCAAAAGCUCAGCCCAGAAAAUGACGAAGAUGAGGAUGAAGAUGUUCAAGUUGAGGAGGCUGAGAAAGUACUGGAAUCAUCUGCCCCCAGGGAGGUGCAGAAGGCUGAAGAAAGCGAAGUCCCUGAGGCCUCACUGGAGCAAUGUGCCGUCACUUGUUCAAAUAGCCACGGCCCUUGUGACUCCAACCAGCCUCACAAGAAUGUCAAAAUCGCAUUUGAGGAAGACAACGUCAACUCAAUUCUGGCUGUAGACAGGGAAUCCUCUCAUGAUGAAUGUCAGGAUGCUCUAAACAUUCUCCCAGUCCCUGGCCCCACCUCUUCUGCCACAAAUGUCAGCAUGGUGGUAUCUGCCGGCCCUUGGUCCGGUGAGAAGGCAGAGAUGAACAUUCUAGAAAUCAACGAGAAAUUGCGCCCCCAGCUGGCAGAGAACAAACAGCAGUUCAGAAACCUCAAAGAGAAAUUUAUUGUAACUCGAGUGGCCUGCUUCCUGGCCAACCGGCAGAAGAAAUACAAGUAUGAAGAGUGCAAAGAGCUCCUAAAAUCUAUGCUGAGGAAUGAGCUACAGUUCAAGAAGGAGAAGCUCGCAGAGCAGCUCAAGCAAGCUGAGGAGCUCAGGCAAUAUAAAGUCCUGGUUCACUCUCAGGAACGAGAGCUGACCCAGUUAAGGGAGAAGUUACGGGAAGGGAGAGAUGCCUCCGGCUCAUUGAAUCAGCAUCUCCAGGCCCUCCUCACUCCGGUUGAGUCGGACAAGUCCCAGGGGCAGGACCUCCAAGAACAGCUGGCUGAGGGGUGUAGACUGGCACAGCACCUUGUCCAAAAGCUCAGCCCAGAAAAUGACGAAGAUGAGGAUGAAGAUGUUCAAGUUGAGGAGGCUGAGAAAGUACUGGAAUCAUCUGCCCCCAGGGAGGUGCAGAAGGCUGAAGAAAGCGAAGUCCCUGAGGCCUCACUGGAGCAAUGUGCCGUCACUUGUUCAAAUAGCCACGGCCCUUGUGACUCCAACCAGCCUCACAAGAAUGUCAAAAUCGCAUUUGAGGAAGACAAAGUCGACUCAACUCUCAUUGGCUCAUCCUCUCAUGUUGAAUGGGAGGAUGCUGUACAAAUUAUCCCAGAAAAUGAAAGUGAUGAUGAGGAAGAGGAAGAAAAAGGGCCAGUGUCUCCCAGGAAUCUGCAGGAGUCUGAAGAGGAGGAAGCCCCCCAGGAGUCCUGGGAUGAACGUUAUUCGACUCCGUCAAUUCCUCCCGACAUGUUGGCCUCGUACCAGUCUUACAGGAGCACCUUUCACUCAUUAGAGGAACAGCAAGUCGGCUUGGCUCUUGACAUAGGCAGACAUCGGUGGGAUCAAGUGAAAAAGGAGGACCAAGAGGCAACAGGUCCCAGGCUCAGCAGGGAGCUGCUGGAUGAGAAAGAGCCUGAAGUCUUGCAGGACUCACUGGAGAGAUGUUAUUCGACUCCUUCAGGUUAUCUUGAACUGACUGACUCAUGCCAGCCAUUCAGAAGUGCCUUUUACUUAUUGGAGCAACAGCGUGUUGGCUUGGCUCUUGAUGUGGAUGGCUCAGCAGGGAGCUGCUGGAUGAGAAAGAGCCUGAAGUCUUGCAGGACUCACUGGAGAGAUGUUAUUCGACUCCUUCAGGUUAUCUUGAACUGCCUGACUUAUGCCAGCCCUGCAGAAGUGCCGUUUACUCAUUGGAGGAAUGGCACCUUGGCUUGGCUCUUGAUGUGGACAGAAUUACAAAGGACCAAGAAGAGGAAGAAGACCAAGGCCCCCCAUGCCCCAGGCUCAACAGCAUGCUGAUGGAAGUGGAAGAGCCUGAAGUCUUGCAGGACUCACUGGAUAGAUGUUGUUCAACUCCUUCAACGUGCUUUGAACUACCUGACUCAUUCCAGCACUACAGAAGUGUGUUUUACUCAUUUAAGGAACAGCACAUCAGCUUGGCCCUUGACGUGGACAAUAGGUUUUUUACUUUGAUGGUGAUAAGGGCCCACCUGGUCUUAUCAGGUCUUAUCAGGUGGAAUAUGAAUAUGGGAGUCAUAUUCCCACACUAAGCAGCCCUUACUAAGCUGAGAGAUGUCAUUCCUGCAGGCAGGACCUAUAGGCACGUGUAGGUUUGAAUGAAACUGUAGUUCCAUUUGGAAGCCCAGACAUAGGAUGGGAAAGUGGGCAUGGCUCUAUUCCUAUUCUCAGACCAUGCCAGUGGCAACCUGUGUUCUGUCUGAAGACACUGGACCCAAGUUAGGUGUGACACAUUCACAUAACUACGCAGCACAUGCCAGGAGUGAUCUGUCAGGCAUUCUAAUUUGAACCACGUAUCUCUGGGUAGCUACAGAGUUCCUCAGGGAUUUCAUUUGGCAGGCAUGUCUCUGAGCUUCUAUACCUGCUCAAGGUCAGUGUCAUCUUUGUGUUGAGCUCAUCCAAAGGUGUUACCCUGGUUUCAAUGAACCUAACCUCAUUCUUUAUAUCUUCAGUGUUGGCUUGUUUUAGCUGAUCCAUCUGUAACACAGGAGGUAUCCGUGGCUGAGGAUUGUAUUUCAGAACCACUGACUGCUCUUGACAAGUGUUAACCCACUAGGCUCCUUUGGUUAGAGAAGUCACAGUCCUUCAGCCUCCAAUUGGUAUCAAUACUUAGGAAGACCACAGCUAGAUGGACAAACAGCAUUGAGAGGCCUUAGCCUGCUCCUCUCAAUUCCAUCCUGUAGAGAACAGGAGUCAGGAGCCGCUGGCAGGAGACAGCAUGUCACCCGGGACUCUGCCGGUACAGAAUAUGAACAAUGCCAUGUUCUUGCAGGAAAUGCUUAGCCUGAGUUUCAUAGGAGGUAAUCACCAGACAACUGCAGAAUGUAGAACACUGAGCAGGACAACUGACCUGUCUCCUUCACAUAGUCCAUGUCACCACGAAUCACACAACAAAAAGGAGAAGAGAUAUUUUGGGUUCAAAAAAAGUAAAAAGAUAACGUAACUACAUUUCUUUAGUUAUUUUGAACCCCAAAUAUUUCCUCAUCUUUUUGUUGUUGUCAUUGAUGGUGGUGACAUGGACUUGUUUGUAGAGGACAGGUCAGCUGUCUGGCUCAAUGAUCUACAUUCUGAAGUUGUCUGAAAAUGUCUUCAUGAUUAAAUUCAGCCUAAAUGUUUUGCCGGGAACACUGCAGAGUCAGUGCUGUGAGUUUCCAACCUCAGCCCAUCUGCAGGCAGAGAAGGUCUAGUUUGUCCAUCACCAUUAUGAUAUGAGGACUGGUUACUUGGUUAAGGAGGGGUCUAGGAAAUAUGUCCCUUUUAGAGACACCUUACUUAUAAUGAAGUAUUUGAGAAAGUGGUUUUCAAAAGUAUAAAUAUCCUGUAUUCUAAUGAUCAUCCUCUAAAUAUUUUAUCAUUUAUUAAUCAUCCCUGCCUGUGUCUAUUAUUAUAUUCAUAUCUCUACACUGGAAAUUUUCUGUCUCAAUUUUUACUGUGCCUUUGUUUUUGCUAGUGUCUGUUGCAAAAAAAGAAAAAAAAAUUCUCUGCCUGAGUUUUUUGUCCAAAGUUAAUUUUAAUCUAUACAAUUAAAAACUCUUGCCUAUCACUCUGGACUGUUGGAUUGCUUUUUACAUUCAGUGUUAUAAUCUUUGAUUAUGCUGAUUGGUUUUGGUGGGUACUGAUGCGAAUUAAUAAAAACAUUUCAUUUCCCUGUUUAUUUCUAAUCUCUUCCACAUUGUAGGCUAUGUUUACCAUAUGUAGCAGAAUGUAUUUACUACAUUUCUUGGUUCUAGUCAUUUGUAUUCUUCGUGAGUGUGAGUGUGUGUGUGUUUGUGUGUGUGUGCCUUUGGCA